AUGGCCUUCUUCAGAUCACUCAAAACCCUAGCUUCUCAAUCCCGGAGAAAAAACUCCAGUUCCACUCCUUCCAGCGCUCUCUUCUCCCUCGGCAACUCAUCUCCUUCCCCAACUCAAGCUCCUCCUUUUCGGCGACCAAUCAGCAGUCACAUUCGCCGGCAUUUUCUCUUCCGAUCGAGGUUUAUCUCGCCGGUGCGCGGCCCGCAAUUCCUGUACGAUCCUCCCUGGAGGCUCUCCCAGUCAGUCGCCCCGUUCCUCGUCCAGUCCGACGUCGUACCGAGCUUGCUCAAGCUCCCUGCUCUAAAUUUACUUCACCGGCUAGCCUUUCCUUACAAUCUCGGGUACGAUGCAAGGCUGCUGUUUCAGGGGAAUGGUAGAGAGGAGUUUACGAAACGGGAUGAUCUUGAUGGUGGUGUUGGCGGUGGCGGGAUCCGAGAGAGUUACUUGAAUAUUCCUAAUUUUAUUUCUUUCGCUCGAUUGCUGUCCGGUCCAGUGCUUGGAUGGAUGAUUGUCCAGGAGAUGUAUUCUUCUGCAUUUGUUGGACUUUCCAUAUCGGGAGCUACGGAUUGGGUGAAUACAGUUUUCCAACUUGCUCUAGUAGCAGCAGCCCUGCUUCAGCCAGGAUUUGGAAAUGAAGAAACUCAGCUAUAUAUAAGUUGUUUGAGCUGGUUAGUGGCUUCUACUACGGUAGCUUCAACUGCAGCGUAUGGUGUGCAGCACUUGAAAAAUAGAGCUGCAUCAAUGAAGACACCCAAAUCGAGAACUUGA